AUUGGCUGAUCUCCUGUCAGUAGUAAAGAGGAUCAGAUAACAAACUUGGGACCUUCAUAAAGGCGUGGUAGCGAUACUCCGAGAACGCUGGCAGCCUAUGACAUCAGCCAGGAACGCCUAGGAUGCGGCUGCUCCUGGCCACCCUCAGAGGAGGAGGGUCCUGCGGGCUGGGAGUUAAUUAGCCUUGCGCGGCGAGGGGGGAGGCGCCAGUUUUCUGGGGACACUGGCGGCCACUGUGAGUCCUCCUGCCCAAGGGAGCUCCCGGAGAGUUGGAUGAAUUCUUGGUUGUUAGCUGCUGUCCUCUGGGCUCCUGGGAGCCAGUUUCUGGUGGAAAGCGGGACGUCUGGCCAGCGACCAGCGGCUUGCUGAGACUCACCAUGACACUCCUGGGGUCUGAGCACUCUUUGCUGAUUAGAAGGAAGUUCCGAUCAGUCUUACAGUUACGGCUUCAACAGCGAAGGACCCAGGAGCAGCUGGCUAGCCAAGGCUUGAUACCACCCCUGAAAAGUCCAACUGAAUUCCAUGACCCAAGGAAAAAAUUGGAUGGUGACAAGACUGAAGAUUCCCUGAGGUGCAAGGGCAGAAACAGGUCUGAUCGUGCCAGCCUGGUUAAUAUGCACAUUCUCCAAGCCUCCACGGCAGAAAGAUCCAUUCCAACUGCUCAGAUGAAGCUGAAAAGAGCCCGCCUCGCAGGUGACCUCAAUGAGAAGAUUGCUCUCCGCCCAGGGCCUCUGGAACUGGUGGAGAAGAAUAUCUUGCCUAUGGAUUCUUCAGUGAAAGAAGCUAUAAAAGGUACGGAGGUGAGCUUCUCCAAAGCAGCAGAUGCCUUUGCCUUCGAAGAGGACAGCAGCAGCGAUGGGCUUUCCCCAGAUCAGAGUCGGAGCGAAGACCCGCAGGGUUCUGCGGGAUCGCCCCCUGAUGUCAAAUCCACUGAGGCUCCUUUGGCUGGUCCUCUGGACGCAAUCCAGGAUCUUGCUCCUGGCUCAGAAAGUGACAAGAAUGAUGCGGUCUCCCAGCCGAGCAACCAGUCAGACUCUGGGAAGCAGGGCCUUGGCCCCCUCAGCAGCCCUGUCCCUGUGCACACUGCUGUAAAGGCCAAGUCUUUGGGUGAUAGUAAGAACCGCCACAAAAAGCCCAAGGACCCCAAACCAAAGGUGAAGAAGCUCAAAUACCACCAGUAUAUUCCCCCAGAUCAGAAGGCAGAGAAGUCCCCCCCACCCAUGGACUCUGCCUAUGCCCGGUUGCUACAGCAACAGCAACUAUUCCUGCAGCUGCAGAUUCUCAGUCAGCAACAGCAGCAGCAACAGCAGCAGCAGCAGCAGCAGCAGCGGUUCAGCUACCCUGCGAUGCACCAAACACACCUCAAAGAACCAAACGAACAGAUGGUCAGAAAUCCGAAUCCUUCCUCAGCACCGCUGAGCAGCACUCCUCUGUCCCCUGUCAAAAACAGUCUUUCUGGACAAACUGGUGUCUGUGCUCUCAAACCAGGCCCCCUUCCACCAAACCUGGAUGAUCUUAAGGUAUCAGAAUUAAGACAACAGCUUCGAAUACGAGGCUUGCCAGUGUCAGGUACCAAGACAGCACUGGUGGACCGGCUUCGACCCUUUCAGGAUUGUGCCGGCAACCCUGUGCCCAACUUUGGGGACAUCACGACGGUCACCUUUCCUGUCACGCCCAACACCUUGCCCAGUUAUCAGUCCUCCCCAUCAGGCUUCUACCACUUUGGCAGCACGAGCUCCAGCCCACCCAUCUCCCCUGCCUCAUCUGACCUGUCGGCCGCUGGGUCCCUGCCAGACACUUUCACCGAUGCAUCACCUGGCUUCGGCUUACAUGCGUCCCCGGUGCCCGCCUGCACGGAUGAGAGCCUGCUGAGCAGCCUGAACGGGGGCUCCGGCCCCUCAGAGCCUGACGGGCUAGACUCUGAGAAAGACAAGAUGCUGGUGGAGAAACAGAAGGUGAUCAACCAGCUCACCUGGAAGCUGCGACAGGAGCAGCGGCAGGUGGAAGAGCUGAGGAUGCAGCUGCAGAAACAGAAGAGUGGCUGCAGCGACCAGAAGCCACUGCCCUUCUUGGCCACUAGCAUCAAGCAGGAAGACGUCUCUAGCUGUCCUUUCGCAGCCCAGCAGGCAUCUGGAAAGGGACAGAGCCACAGCUCUGACAGUCCUCCUCAGGCCUGUGAGACUGCUCAGCUGCUCCCUCACUGUGUGGAGUCCUCAGGCCAAACCCAUGUACUCUCAUCCACGUUUCUUAGCCCCCAGUGCUCCCCCCAGCACUCGCCCCUGGGGGCCCUGAAGAGCCCUCAGCACAUCAGCUUGCCCCCAUCGCCCAACAGCCAUUAUUUCCUGGCCUCCUCUUCUGGGGCUCAGAGAGAGAACCAUGGGGUCGCCUCACCCAGCAGCAGCCAAGCGUGCACACAGAACUCAGGGGCACCUGAAGGCCAUCCUCCUAGCUUCUCUCCCCCAUCUUCCAACCUCCACCAGUCUUUCUCUGGCACCCAAGCAGACAACGGCCAUAGUGCUGGGCUCAACUCUUGUCCCAAAAGCCCAGUUAUUCAUCCAAAGAUGACUGGUUUGCAAUCUUCUGACAAGGUGGGGCCCAAGUUUUCAGCUCCAUCCCCAACUUUUCCUAAGCCAAGCUCCACGGUUUCAGAGAUAACCCAGCCCCCGUCCUACGAAGAUGCAGUAAAGCAGCAAAUGACUCGGAGUCAGCAGAUGGAUGAACUUCUGGAUGUCCUCAUUGAAAGUGGAGAAAUGCCAGCUGAUGCCAGAGAAGACCAUUCAUGUCUUCAAAAACUCCCAAAGCUACCCGGGUCCUCUCGCAGCCCCACCACCGUCCUCCCCAAGCCCUCGGCUUCCUUUGAACAGACGUCCUCAGGAGGCCAGAUCUCCUUUGAUCACUAUGCCACUGACAGCGAUGGACACCUAGAGGUCUUGUUGAAUUCUCACAGCCCCAUAGGAAAGGUGAGCGACGUCACCCUCCUCAAAAUCGGAAGUGAGGAGCCUCCUUUUGAUGGGAUCAUGGACGGCUUCCCGGGGAAGGCUGCUGAAGACCUCUUCAGCGCCCAUGAGCUCUUGCCGGGGCCUCUCUCCCCGAUGCAUACACAGUUGUCACCCUCCUCAGUGGACAGCAGUGGCCUGCAGCUGAGCUUCACAGAAUCUCCUUGGGAAACGAUGGAAUGGCUGGACCUCACUCCACCUAGUUCCACGCCAGGCUUUGGCAACCUCACCACCAGUGGUCCCAGCAUUUUCAACAUCGAUUUCCUGGAUGUCACAGAUCUCAAUUUGAAUUCCCCUAUGGACCUCCACUUACAGCAAUGGUAAACAUCUGAGAUACAAGUACAGUGGGAGCUCAGUAAGAACCCCAUAGGGAAGGUGCACAACCAGAAAAUACUGUGUGAUCCAAAAGUUAAAGGGGAGAAAAAAUGGGAAGGGGAAAAAGGCAAUGGAGGUUUCUGUGACAAUCAACUAAAAAAAGCAGGAAUAAGUCAUUAAAAUAUGUAUAAUGUAAUUUCUCCUAGCAUUCAGCAACUGCUAAUAACUUCAGAGAUGCAUUCAAAAAUGUGCUUCCUCAGAAUAAGAAUGCCAAAGUUGUCUUUCACUGCCUUAUCUCGUAUCAAUAUUUUCCUAGCCCACAGUUUGUCUCAAGCGUUACUGGGCCAUGAGUUCCCACUACACUUUGUCUCAGAUGUUAUUGGGACAUAAGCUGACACUGCUAGCUGUUGUUA